AUGAGUGGAGCAAUCGGGUCGCGAAUCGAAGUUGGGCCCUGUGGUUGCGAGGAGAGCAUGCAGUUGCGGCAUAGAAACAACUCACUACAAGAACAGCUCCAAUAUCUCACGGAUGUCGUUGGCAAGGAUGAGACUGAGGGUGAUCACGUGUCUUUGAUGGAACAAAACGAAGAUCUUCGUCAAAAGAAUUAUCAUCUGGAUGCUGACAACAAGAAGUUACGACAGGAUGUUGAAAUUCUGAAGGGAACUCAUCAACUUCACACGGAUAUGAAGAACCCCUUGAUCUACUCGUCGGAGCCAUUUGGGAAGGAUGAGCCAACCGAGAAGAAAGUGGGAGUGAUUCGCAAUGCUUUUUGGGCAAAACAUGAUAUGUCUGACGCUGAAGUUCAAACUGAAGACUUCAGACAUCUCCAGGAUGGACACGCUGUGUGUACAACUAUCAAGAUGAUUGAAGCACUUUAUCAAGAAGUCAAGAAUAAACAGGUCGCAAUGGAAAAAGACCUUUGGUCAGCUGCACAAAAGAUUGCGAUGGUUGUUGAACGGUUAGAAAUAGAAUUGGCGGCUAAGCAGGUGUUUGAAGCACAUUGUCAACAACUCCUGGAUGAGCAGGCCACAAUGGAAAAAGAGCUGGGGUCAACUACACAAAAAACGGCGAGGGUUUUUGAACGCUUAGAAAUAGAAUUGGCGGCUAAGCAGGCUCUUCAAGCUGAUUACGACCGUGUCAAGGCUGAUCAAGACCGUGUCAAGGCUGAUCAACAAAAGUUCCUUCUCCGGCAAGAACGCGACCAGCAAGAAUUCGAAGAACUUCUGGAUCUUUGUCGAAAAGCUGUUGAGCAAAAUGAGAAGCUCCGCGAUGAAAUGAAACAUCAAAGGCUGGUCACGUUUGGGACUAAUGCAGUUUCGGAUCAAACGUGUUCAUCGCUUGCGCAUUCGCUCUCAGAAGCGAUUGGGAAACAAAACGAGGUUGGCCAAAUGAUCGUUAAUGUUCAGACGAAGCAAAAACCAGGCACUAGCGGAUGCUUCAAGCCUCUUCUGGUGGGCUUCUUGGUGACCGUCACCAUCGUCUUCCUCGUCUCGCUCGUUUCCAUCUCCAUCGACUCAACCGACCCAAAUGCGCUUUAUGAUCGACAUCACUACAUC